AUGUGCGUUAUCACCAUUCUUCACUGUACGCCGUGCAAAUCUCGACAAGACAUUCCCGAAGAAGGCCUCAUAAUAACAAGAGACUGGCACGCUCGGCUUCUUGUCAACCUCGACAACGACAACAUACCGUUUAAACGCUGCAUCGACGCGAUCAAUCAUGCUCUCAGUAAUGGUCGAUCAGAUACCAUGUAUCCCCGUUGCCGCAACGUCGAAGUUAAGCACAUGGCGGUUACGAAGGACAUUUGUUUUCGAUGCUCAGCUCGACAGAAGAUCCAGAACUUCACUAACAUGCGCAAGCUGUACGAGAAGCAAUCUGUCGCUUGGAGAAACGAAGAGCGUAGUAAUAUAGAGGCCGUGAACGAUAUGCGAAGCCUUAUCAGGGAGUCACCACGAUUGAUCCCCGUAACAGAGAGAGAUAGAGCUUCCUGCACAACAGUUGGCUUCCUCACAGCAAGGCUAGCUCCAGUCACUCCAGUAACAGAGAGCUGGGAAUACUGCCUGGAAAGGCAGAUUCAGCAGCGAGAACUGGCAAAGAGAAAGGAGGCUGAGAAGGCUGAGGAUAAACUGAAGAAGGCGAAGAGAAAGCAAGCAAGACUAAUCUCUGUCCAACAAUGCCUUGCUCGCGCUAAUAGACUGAGGCACACUUCUGCAAUGGAAGAGAAUGCCGAGCAAAGCUCAGCUAGUCGGAGUGAACAAGUAUCGAGACCAGGCUCGUUACAGGAUGUUCCUGCUUCGCAUAAUGAGCUUUCCCCAGCGGCAGAUACCAGAGUUCUUUCUGGGUCGCCAAGCUGGAACACAUUCGUGAGAAAGUUUCACACCACGGGUCGUACUUCAGCUAUUCAGACAGAUCUCUCAGGAAAAGAUCACUCAACUGAUGCUACUAUGCGUCCAGUCGCUGGCUCUGCUUGGGUACGGGUUUUCUUUAGCCUUAGAGGGGAUGCUCCUGAAUUCGCUUCGCUCAGAGGUUGUCCUUCAUCUUUGAAAGGUGGGUCUCUGAGGGCAGAGGCUCCUGAGUUCAGGCCAUUGCGAGAGACACCGCCGACUGAGCCUCGGAUGAUGAGAGCCCCUUCUGCACCUCGAGCGAUGAGGGAAGGUUGCUUGAGACCAGCAUCGACUCAGCCUCGACAAAUGUACUCCACGGUCCGCGGGUACCCAACGUUGCGUGGAUGGCGACAAUAA